UCCUCUUCAACCCGCCCUCUUCACACAUCAAACACUUGUGCAAGUACUAAGAAUACAUUUACAUCUUCAAUUCAUUUCAGAGCGAUUCGAGCUUCGUUUGCUUAAAAGCACUAGAAAAAUGAAGCAACAAUCACUCUUUUCAUUUUCACUUUUCCUUCUCUUUCUCCACUGCUGCACCAAAAUCUUAGCUCAGACACCAGCUGCAGCUCCUGUAGUACAGCCACCACCAGCAGCUCCACUACAGGCACCCCCUGCGCCAGCUGCACAAGCACCAUCAGGAGUACAAGUACAACCAUCAACUGGUCCUCUCGAUGUAGUUAAAAUCCUCGGGAAGGCAAGCCACUUUACGGUGUUUGUUCGCCUAUUGAAAGCUACACAGGUUGAUACGGAAUUAUUCUUGCAACUCAACAACACCAACAAUGGAGCAACCAUCUUAGCGCCAACUGAUGGUGCAUUUUCAGGACUCAAAGUAGGCACGCUCAAUUCCUUAAGCGAUGGAGAGAAGAUAGAACUAGUGAAGUUUCAUAUAGUUCCAACAUUUAUAUCAACUUCCCAGUUCCAGACUGUGAGUAAUCCUGUCAGGACAUUGGCAGGAGCAGGUAAUAGGUUUGCGCUUAAUGUGACUACCGGAGGCAGUACAGUGAACAUAACUACAGGACUAACCAACACAACAAUUUCUGGAACGGUAUACACGGACACCAGGCUUGCUAUUUAUCAAGUCGACAAGGUGCUACUCCCUCUGGACAUGUUCACUCCUAAGGCUCCUGCCCCAGCUCCAUCUCCGGCGGCUCAAGCACCAGAAAAGCCUACGAAGGCUCCCAUUGUAGAGAGUCCUGUUGCCCCUAAGGAUGUUUCUAAAGCAGUAAGUUUACUGGUGCAGGAUUAUGUAGUGCUGGAAUUUCUUACAGUUGGUGUGGUGACUGCCAUGUUUUUGUUCUGAUGCUGGCCUGAGGUGGAUUUUAUAUCUUCUAUCUUUUAUGAUUUUGGGGAGUUUAAUUAAUUAUUCCGUGGUGAUCGAAUGAGUAUUUUGAAUAUUUGUUGUAUUUUUUGUUUUAGUUGUAACAAUAAUGAUUGAUAUUUUAAUUAAUGUAUGGUCGGAGAAGAAAAAAUGA